AUGAGCCAGUCGCCCACCAAGCACCUCUUCUUUGCCCCCCACCAAACGGCUUCCCGGCCUCUCCGACCGCUUCCCGGCCAGCACGGUUCCAGCAAUGCGCUGCACGGCGCACCCUCUGCCUCACCCAUAUCGAUACCCUUCCAGUCGCCCAACAAGAAGCAGCAGCACCAGCACCAGCACAACCCCCUCGUAUCGCCCUCGAAGCUCUCAUCCCACUUUAGCGCCGGCGCAGGCCAGAGCGACGCUCCCGACAACAUCGGGCUCGGCUUCUCCUCGACCGCCGACAUAUCCGCCGACACCAAUCCCAAUCGCACCUCUGCAGCUUCGCCCACGCUUUCCAGUAGCAGCGCCUGGGCCCCAUCAUCUACCUUCCUCCGCAGGUCAGCCGCGACUGUAGCCGCAGCCGCAAACGGCGGGCCUUUGAGCGAGGCCCAUAAGCAGAUUUCGGGGCAAGCGACUGCAGACACCUCACCCAGCACAGCGACAGCGAAAAAGGGCACCUCAUCGUCAUCGGCAUCCUCGUCCGCACGGCUGCGCCGCGGCAGCAUGUUGGGGCGCGAGAUCACACCUUUUGAGCUCGACGAGGAUGAAGAGCAGUCGAUGGACGGCCAAAGCGGCGGGCAAGGCCAAUCUGGAGGCCCGCCGACUGUCGAAAGGCAGAUCGGCUUCGAGCCGCUACGCGCGCACAACGCCAGCGCGACGCCCGACGCUUCUUGCUCGUCACAGGCUCCGAACGUUCAAAUGACUGCAGGACCUGCUGCACCCGGUGCCCCGGCCGAGGAUCAGGACGAAGACGUGGACAUGGACGAGGAUGGUUCCGACUUCAUGGGGCCACCUCAACAUCCACCCACCACGCCGCCACCACCGCAGCCGGGGAACCUCGCCCGCUUCAGCUCGUCUGAGUCUGGCGCUGACAACGCCGGUGGAACGCGCACAGGCUCCGAUUCGCCAGGAGUGGCACAGCCGAGCCCCGGAGGCACUUCCACCGGCCCUAGCUUUGGCAACCGGUCACGAUCCGGGUCUAACGUUGCUCGAAACAGCCUGGCCGGGUCCCUCGUGACAAAGCGGGCCGUCAACCGCCGCGGCAACCUCAUGCCAAAGGACCGGGGCGUGCUGCGCGUGGCCGCCACGCUGCAGGACGAAAAGAAGCCCGAGGACAGCGAGAUCGCAUCUGAAGCCAAGCUCCAGAAGAAGCUGGGAGGCGACCCGUCGUUGCCGAGGACACCGCGAUUAGGGGGGCUGGGCGCAGGCAAGAUGCGGUCUCCCUUCCAGGGCGCGCGCGGUUUCGCCGGCUGUGCGGGCAACGGCACCGUCGGCUUCGCAUCCGUUGGCCGCGGCGGCAAAUGGGGAUGGGACGACGAUGACUACGACUCGCUCGACAUGGACGGCAUCGGCGACGACGGCAGCGAGUCCAGUAGCGAAGAGGACAUGGCCGCGGCACAAGCGCAGCAGGCCAACGGGGCAGGUAGCGAUGAUGAAACGGCGAUGCGCGACGAAGACGAUGUCGCAGAGGAUGCGGCGCCACAGGUAUCGACCAUCCCAGGCAGCGCUCCGGCCACCGAGGGCUCGUCAUCGUUGCCCAAACAACGCAAAGGAUCGCUCUGGAUGGGCUUCCGCGAGUCACGAGCCCAUCACCACCGCGCCAGCCCCAGCACGGACCGCCUCUUCCGCGCUCGCACGCCCGGCCACACACUGCCGGUCGAGAUGGAGACGUCGCCCAAGGCCUCGCUCAUGGCGACCUCGCACUCGCCGGGACCGUGGACACGCACCUCGAAGCGCAAGAUGAUGGGCGGCGAGGAUCGAUACGAGCCGUACGCCAACAGCGCGUACAAGCGGCGGGCCGUUUCGCCCAUGACGCUGCUUAACACGUCCAGUCUCGGCGUCGGUGGAGCUAGCCUGACGUCGCCGUCGCUGCUGGCGGCGCAGCACUUCCAGCAUCAGCACCAGCAGCAGCAGCAGCAGCAGCAGCAGCAGCAGCAGCAGCAGCAGCAGCAGCAGGGCGGCAGCAACGGCUCGUCGGCCAUGCCGACGCCAAUCUCCAUGCCCUCGCCGACGCACACGUUCACUGCCUCGGCAUCGCCUGCGGCGCCCUAUGGCGCCUACUUUUCCGGCAGCCAUUACCGGCCGAGCCAGCUCGGGUCGAGAGCCACGACGCCAGGAGGCUCGGGUGCCACGGCCUCGGCUGCCGCCGCUGCCAUGACCUCGGUGCCACCAGCGCCGGGGCGAGUUCCAACGCGGCAACGCAGCCGCUAG